AUGAAGAAGAUUGAGGAGAACAACACCCUCGUCUUCAUCGUCGACACCAAGGCCAACAAGCGCCAGAUCAAGGACGCCCUCAAGAAGCAGUACGACGUUGACACCGUCAAGAUCAACACCCUGAUCCGGUAUGUUUCCACAACUUGUCGCACAUUCUUCAAGGGCGACGCUAACAUGUAUAUCCAACAGCNNCCUGACGGCACCAAGAAGGCCUUCGCCCGUCUUACUCCUGACGUCGACGCCCUCGACAUUGCUGCCACCAAGCUCGCCAUUGUUUAA